CUACUCUGCCCGCAACGGCAGUGCUGGCGUCAGGGCGCGGUGGAGGCAAGACGGGUGACUGGCAGCAGGGCGGUGCCGGGCGAGAAGGGCGCCUCACCUGGCGCCUCCCGCCUUCCUUUCCACCUCAGGUUGCAGAGAGCCGCCAGGGCAGGUGGAAGGGCCACGCCCGGCUCCCGCGAGGGUCACCGGGAGACAUUGGGGGUGGGGCAGGGACCCCAACCCUAGACCAGGUAGGGGGCGGGCGAAGAUUGGUGGUACCUUCAGUCCUGUAGGGCACAAUGUCUGAACAAGAGCGUAUACAGGAAUGUCUGCGGAAGGAAAUAAGGUCACUUCUCAUUUCCACCAAAGAUGGUUUGAGCCCACAGGAGUUGGAGAAGGAGUACCUUUUGAUGGUUGGCAACCGUCUACCACUCCGAAUCCUUGGGUAUCGGUCUACUAUGGAGCUGGUAUUGGACAUGCCUGAUGUUGUUAGUGUCUGCUCCGGUGCAGGUGGUACUGUAAUACUGAAAGCCAUUCCAGAUGAAUCUACCAAAGGAAUAGCAAGCUUAGUUGCAAAACAGAGGAGCAGCCAUAAGGUUCGAAACUCCAUGCAUAAGGGAAGACCUAGUAUUUAUUCUGGACCAAGAUCUUAUCAGCGAGUACCUUACCGAGGAAGGGUUGCCCCUGUUCUUCCAGCUGUUGUGAAGAGUGAGUUGAAGGACCUGUUGGCGUUAUCUCCUGUUCUCCUUUCUGAUUUUGAAAAGGCAUUUGCCAAAAGAUUUGGACGAUCAUUCCAAUACAUGCAAUAUGGAUUUCUCUCAAUGUUUGAAGUGCUUAAUGCGGCUUCAGAUGUCAUUUCUGUAGAGCAGACCAGAGCAGGUUCUUUGUUGAUGCUAAAGAAGAGUGUAACAGAGGAAAAGCCGAGAGGAUGUCCAGCAGGUAAAAUUUUUACCCAGCCAUUUAGAAUGAAACAAAGGUCAUACUCCACAGGCUUUCCGGUAGCAAAGGCAUGCUUUUCACAACCCACUUCAAACAUGGAACCACCGAAGCAAAUGAUGAGCAUGGGAAAGACUUCCAAGUUAAAUGUAGUGGAGACUUCAAGGCUGAAUCACACUGAAAAAUUAAACCAGACCCAUGGAAAUGCCCAAGAAAAUGUGAAAAUAGGGGAAAACCCUCAGAAGCUUGAUAGGGAGCCAUGCACUCGCCAAAACUUGGAGGGGCUUCUGCUGAAUGCUGUGCCAAUGGUAUUGGAUGAAAAGAAGAGUAGUCAGUGCCAGAGGGAGAAUCCUGCCAUGCUGGAGAACACAUUCAAAUCAGUUAUUGCACAAAUUGGACCUGGAGGAACUAUCAGUUCAGAACUAAAACAUAAGAUAAAAUUUGUUGUAUCUAAGUUCCCGGAGGGUUUGUUUAUUUCUAAACUGCUUGGAGAGUAUGAGGUAAUUUUUAAAGAGCAACUAUCACCAAAAAAAUUAGGCUUCUUAAAUGUGACAGAACUUGUUGGAGCUCUUAGUGACAUUCUCCAUGUUGAGUUCAGGGAAGGACAGCAAGACUUACUAGUGUUUGAUGCGGAUAAGAAGCCUCUACCACCUGUUCAGUCAGAUAAGAAAACAGAAGCCAAAGCUUGUGUCUCCAGUCCACCUAGAAAUUCAUUGUCUACUGCUGCUGUCAAAGAGACUGUAUGGAAUUGCCCUUCAGAAAAACAAAAAGAGCCACAACAGAAGACUUGCAAGAAGCCUAAUCUGGUGGUAAAGCCUUUACAGCUGCAAGUAGAAACAAACAAAUCACAGCUCAACCUGGCAAUGGCAAAUUAUGACAUCCCGCCAGAUGCUGUGCCGGACAAGAAAUUAUGCAGACUCCCACCAUUAGACACCAGUUCCCUCAUAGGGGUCUUUGUGGAGUAUAUCAUCUCUCCUAGUCAAUUCUACAUCCGGAUCUAUGGCAGGGAUUCGUCAGAGUUACUCGAAGACAUGAUGAUUGAAAUGCGGCGCUGUUAUUCUAAUCAGCUGGUUUCUGAUCGAUAUGUCAUGCCAGAAUGUUUUAUUCAGCCGGGACAUCUCUGUUGUGUGAGGAUUUCUGAGGAUAAGUGGUGGUAUCGGGUCAUUAUCCAUCGAGUCCUUGGGAAACAGGAAGUUGAAGUGUUCUACCCAGACUUUGGAAAUACUGGAAUUGUUCAGAAGUCCUCCCUGAGGUUCCUCAAGUGCUGCUACACAAAGCUUCCAGCUCAGGCUAUCCCUUGUUCUUUGGCUUGGGUGAGACCAGUAGAGGAACACUGGACAUCGAAAGCUAUUUUGCAGUUCCAGAAGUUGUGCGGUUUGAAGCCAUUAGUGGGAGUAGUGGGUGAAUAUGUAGAUGGAAUCCUUAACAUUUUUUUGUGUGACACAUCCUCAAAUGAAGAUGUCUAUUUCCAUCAUGUCUUGAGAACAGAGGGCCAUGCUAUUGUAUGCCGAGAAAAUAUCUCUUCUAAGGGUUUCAGUGAGCUCAACCCUUUAGCUUUAUACACGAAAUCCAGUGGAGAGCCAGAGGACAUUGUCUUGACAGAACUGGGUUAUCCUUCCCAGCAGCACUAUUUUAAUGAAGACCGAAAGAUAAGUCCACAGUCAAAAGAGAGUGAGUUACAGAUCCUGCAAGAUAUUAAUGAUGAAAAGUCUUUACGUCAUCUUAAAUCUGAGUCAAAGGAGCCAUUAAAGGAUUCGGAAUUUGAUUCUUUGAAAACCUGUAAUAAGAGCUUUGAAGAAGAUCUAAAGUGGUCCAACCCAGAGCCAAAUGAUCUGAAGGAAGAAAAUGAGGAUGAGAUCCCCACUGGAAUGCCAUGCCUAGAGUCAGUGACCAUAGGUGAUGAUAUUUGGGAUGAGAACUGGUUACCUCUACAGGCUAAGAUGGGAAAAGGAGGUGAUGCUGCCUCCCAUCUAUUUACUGCAAGCCUUGGUGGAAAGAAUCAGUAUUCAUCAUGUAAAGAAAUGCCACAGAAGGACUGGUGUUUUUCCACCCCCAAAGAUACAUGGGAUGAUUCUUGGCAGCCUUCAGGCCUUGUAAAUGGAAUGAAAGUAGAAGUUCAUAAGCCAGAAGUACUGGGUGCUCAGGAAAAAAAUACCGGCACAAACAGGACUCAAAAGCAACUAGACGUAAAUGGUUCUUCAGAUUCUUCCACACUGCCCAAAUUGGAAGAAUUCUGUGCCUCUCUUACCCAGUCAGAGCAAUCAGCAGACGGGAGCCAGUCUGAACCCAACAACAGUCAGACUCAGCCAAAGCAAAUUCAGCUUUCCACAGCAGUACCCUGUUCAACAACUGCAGUGGAUGAUUCUGCAGAAAAGCCCUCUGGUUCUGUGGAAAGCUCACCAGAGAUCCUAAAGAAUGAAGAUUUUUCUAGCAGCCGUGCUAUUACAUUGUACAAAGACAAGAGUCAAGAAUCCAUGGACCAGCUGUCUUUGAUUUUGUCUUAUGAGUGCCAGAUUUCUCAGAAGCUCUACAUUCCUCGAAGUACAGCCACUGCUGCCUUAGGUGCUGCUGCACGGUUAGCUACAUCCAGGAGCCUCCUACACUGGUACCCCAGUGUAAAAAGGAUGGAAGCAUGAGGGAGGGAGAGAGGGAGGGAGAAAAACAGAAUCCAGCCACUUAGGCCUUGAUGAACUCCCAGGCCAAAAUGAGGAGGUAUUGAAGCAAAAUAGUAUCUUGAUCGUUGAUACUUUUGGCUUUCUGUGACUGUAUGUUAGCUUUAUUAUGCUAACAGUCUACUUUGAUGUGUAAGUAUUGAUAUUUACUGUUAAUCUUGAUUUUUCUUGAUUUUAUUUUAUUCUGUGUCAU